AUGCGUGCUUCUCAGUUGUACUUAUUUGCUGACAUGGACGUGGGAUUACCGAAAUCCGAAAAGGAGAAAUUUACGAUUGAGCCCUUGGCUGAAAAUGUGUUGGAGGGUAAUUUGGUUGGGAAUAUGGCGAUUAAGGAUAUGCUUCCCACGAAUAUUGUGGUGCCGUCUGGGUGGAAGUCGGGGAUGCCGGUGCAGUUGCCGACGGAUCUACCGAUUCUUCCGCCGGCUGGAUGGAAGCCGGGGGACCCGGUGGCUUUGCCACCGUUGGAUUCAGUUGCUGUUGCUCCUAGGAUGGAGGAGCAACAGCAAUCGGUUCAUGUUCCUGGGUUUGGGAAGGGACCACAACCGAUACAGGUUCGACAUGUGCAGCUUGAUAUUGAUGAUGAUAGUGAUACUGAGUAUAGUAGUGAUGAUAGUUCUGAUGAUGAAGAUUGA